UCGGCUUCCGGCCCAACCUGCCGGAAGUGGGAGCACAGGCUUCCCAUAAUGCCUCGCGGCGCGCCUAUUCAAACCGCACGGCGGAGAGGAGGUCGCGAUGGCAGCUCCGGAGCCGGAAGUGCGGUCCUUGACCGCAGCCCCAGGUUUGGAGUGGUAUGAGGAGGCGGAGGACACCCACGCCCCCCACAUAGAACUCCUGGACACGACCGCCGCCCAGGAGCUUCCCAGCCGCUCCGAGUCUUUUCGCCCCCGCCAUGGCCUGGUGCCCGUGGUGUUCCCCGGGCCUGUCAGCCAGGACGGCUGCUGUCAGUUUACGUGUGAAUUUCUAAAGCAUGUCAUGUACCAGCGCCUGCAACUCCCUCUGCCCUACGAGCAGCUGAAGCACUUCUACCGACAGUCUUCUCCCCAGGCAGAGGACAUGGUGAAGAAGAAACCUUGGGCCAUCACUGAGGCAAGCAGCAGGAAAUGCCAACAAACCCUGGAAGAACUGGAGAGCGUCCUCAGCCACCUAGAGAGCCUCUUUGCCCGGACCCUAGUACCACGAGUGCUGAUCCUCCUUGGGGGCAGUGUUCUAAAUCCCAAAGAAUUCUACGAGCUUGACUUGUCCCGCUUGGCCCCCAGCAACGUGGACCAGAGGGUGAGCACAGCAGCUUGUUUGCGCCUUAUCUUCCGCGCCAUUUUUAUGGCCGAUGCCUUCAGUGAGCUUCAGGCUCCUCCACUCAUGGGCACCAUUGUCAUGGCACAGGGGCACCGCGACUGUGGAGAAGAUUGGUUUCGACCCAAGCUGAACUACAGAGUGCCCAUACGGGGCCACAAACUGACUGUGACCCUGUCCUGUGGCAGACCCUCCAUCCCGGUCACAGCCUGGGAGGAUUACAUUUGGUUCCAGGCACCAGUGACAUUGAAAGGCUUUCACGAGUGAAGAGGGCUGCUGCUUAAUCGUGAACACAUGGCUAAAUUAUCUUCCCUUCUCUGGCACCAAGUCACCCGUCUCUUGCUUGGAAGUGGAGUUGCUUCCUGACGAGAGGAAGGUUCUGUCCUGGCUGCCUGCCUCCCCUUCUCAGACUUCCUGGUGAGCUGAUGGUGUGACUCGGCCUGUAAUCAUCAUCACUGAACAACAUCUCUGUGAAUCAAAGGUUGACCGGGUCAGACUUGACUGUUUGGGGUUGGAAAGGAAAUGUGGGCCCAUAGACACUACUAUGGAGGUGCCCUUUUUCUGUGGCCUUUCAGAAUUUUUACCGGAGGCAUAAAUGUUGGUGUGACUCAUGAAUUUAAAUAUAAAAUGAAUGAAUAUAUAUUAAAUUUUCCCAAAACUCUUGGCUCAAAGAGACUUUCCAGGCUUGAGGCUAGAGUAUUUUGUCUUUCUCCCGAGUCUCUUAUUUAUUUAAUUUUAGUUUUUCACCACCAGUUCUUUCUCUUCAUCAGCCCCAGGCCAGUCUGGGAAGUUAAGUGACUUGGCCAAGGUUCUGUAGCAGUUUGAUGUCAGUUGGGACUAGAGUCCUCACUAGCUAACCCCUAGCCCAACAUUCUUUCCUUGUCACAUACUGGUUUUGACCCUUAAAACGUGUGCCUGGAGCAGAGGUCACACAGGGGAAUGGGGCCGAAAGACUAGGCCGAGGAAAGAAAACUGAGGAGCUUUGCAAAAUCUGAUGUAACUGUAGGCUGAGGCCCCAGGAUUGCCCUUUGGGGUCAGCUCCCUGAGGCCACAUGUCCCCUGUGGAAUUCAGCCCUGCCUGUCGCUGUUGGCAGUACCUGCUUAUUUCUUGGAAGCUGAAUACAUAGUCCUCACCCUGCUGGUGUUGGAGAUAGGAGUGUGUCUAUAAAUGGGGACAGUAUAAAUAUAGACUAUUUUUUAUGUUUUAAGAAGAAUGUUUUAUGUUUUGUCAAGAAAAAAUCGUUUAUAUUUUGUGCUCUCUUUUAAGCACUUCACAUACAUUUUAUCUAAUCGAACAACCUUGUUUUUUGACAUUGUCCCCAUUUUAUAGGUGAGGCUUGAGUAGAUUGAAUAACUUGCCCGAGAGUGGAAACUGGAAUUCAAACCUGGCACUAGAGGCUGAAUGCUUUAUCCUGCUGGGCAUCUGUGUGGUUUUACUGUGAAAUGAUUAAUGAGGAUUUGCCCUGCCAAAGGUGGUAUUAGAAAGCUGCAGGACUCCCUUUUCUGGCUUCAUAUUGUGUUUCCCUACAUGGGACCGGACAGUAAUAGGUGCGGAGUAAAUAUGGAAUCAAUAAAAACAAAAGGUUUGGGUUCUUUUCUGUGCUCUGACCACCUGAAGCAUAUUCCACCAGCUAGAAUUUUGGCUGUUUUUCCUACCUUUCAGAAGAGGAACGGCCGUAUCUCCUGCUUGGGAAAGGACAGGCUGAGAGAGGGGUCUGGCUGAACUGAGGGAGAGUUGAAACGGAGUUAUAAAUUAUUUUGAGGUGGAAGACAUUAACCCAUGUCAGCUCCCUCGAAUACUGAUUUUAAAAGGCUUCGUAAACAAUGUCUGGACAACCAAAACAAAGUCAUUAUCUGGGUAAUUUAGACACUCAUUUCUCUAUUAGCUUGGCAUUGAGGCCCAGGUCAUUUCGAUUUCAUGAGUCUUCCCCAAAGGAAUUCAGAAAUUAAAAGAUCAGUGUGUGCAUAUA